CGUGACGUAACCCGCUGUUUCGAUCAAACCGACGUUAAGGUUAGACCGUGCGCAGGAGCAAUGUAAAUAAAAUUUAAAAAUUGUUAAAACGAAUUUACUCAUUUAUGAAAAGUAAUAUUUUAUAAUAGCAGUAAUUGUAAGUGUAUUAAAGUUUCCUCUAUUAAAGUGUUACGUGAAAUAAAUGUUAUAUUUAUUUUGGAUGAACACAUUAUAUUUUGCAUCGUUUUCUGCAUUUUUAGCAACGUAAGAACCCCAAGAGACGGAAUAUGUCUAGAAAAUUUUUAUUCUGUUUUCCACUUCGAGUGGGAAAUAUCGUGUUCGGAUACAUUGUGAUUAUGUUUGGUUUAAUUUUACUACUGUUCGAACUAUACCAGCUAUAUGUGUUCCUCUUGGGUAGUAAUAUUUUACGGGAAAAUGUGAACAACGUGGACUCUCGCACUAAUGAAACUAAAAAUGACGUUGUGGUUUUGUCAUAUAUUGUAACUUACGCGACCAUUGGAUUUCUGUUAUCACUGUUUGCGACAAUAUUUACAAUUGGUGCUUACAAGUUGAGGUUUAAAGCUAUCAAGACAUUCUUCGUGUACAGCUUCAUCCAUAUCUUCUUCACUAUUGUUAUGAUCGCGUGGGAGGCCAUGAAUAGAAAUUGGUUGAUGCUGGGAGUGCUAACUGUAUCAGAUGUGAUCUUGAUAGCGUCGUUGUUCGGCGUUAAAUAUUUCAUAGAUGCUGUGAAAAGCGGCAGAGUCUACCAUCGCCCAGAAACUGGAAGAUAUUAAUAAUAUAAAAAAAAAAUGUAAGCUUUGCUGCGAGAGCCGCUUAACGCUAUACCCUUAACCACAAUGAAUUUGACCCUACGAGAAAAUAUUUCGUGUAAAACUCUGUGCUGGACCAACAUUCCCUUAAUGUAAAGAUAAGAAGUCAGGGAGUCCUUGCAGUUUAACUAUAAUAACAAUAAAGAAAUGUACUGAUUUAAUAAUACUUUGUUACUUCUGACAAUAGACUAUAAUUCUUGGUACGACUUGUGUUACAAAGCCAAUUAAACUACUGAAUUUCUAAUAUAUUAUUUCGCAAUUGCGUUAAUAUUACAUAUAUAGACAUUUACUCAUACAAUAAAUAUUUAGGAAUACUAUUAAAAUUAAAUUAUAAAAUAUGACUACUUUUGGAUGUAGUGCGCAAACUGCUGUGCCAAUCAAUACUUUACUAUAGCGCUGCACUCGCAUGAGAGAAAUGAUGAUGCCAAAAUAUUGAAAUUUGAAGUCGAGUCUAGUUAAUUCGAAAUCGAUAGUUGUACGUUUAAAAUAUAUCAAUGUGUGCUUAUUCAAUAAUUUAUGUGUGUUUAGUAAAAAUGAUUGACAAAUCAAUCAAAAAUCAAAAAUAUUCAGGCUUGCACGGAUUUUGUGUUACAGUAAUUAUUGUAAUCUUAUGUAUUUCAUAUGUAUGCUUUAUAAGCAAAAUUAAUAUAAGUUAUAUAAGAUAUUAAUGUUUACCUUACUAAUUAUAAGACUAUAUUAAAUUAUCUUUGAUUCUUGUUAAAGUGUU